CAGUUGGUGUUCCCUCGCAGAAAUGCCCGUGCGUGCUAUCACUUCCACCUUCAUGUACAGGGGACUCUGCACAAUUCCUGACAUCCUCUCCUAUCGCACGCCCGUCAACCUCCCGGAGGACGAACUGGAGGAGAUUCGCGAGGCAUUCAAAGUGUUUGACCGUGAUGGGAACGGAUUCAUCUCCAAGCAGGAGCUGGGCACGGCCAUGCGGUCGCUGGGGUACAUGCCCAAUGAGGUGGAGCUGGAGGUCAUCAUUAAGCGACUGGACAUGGACGGUGAUGGCCAGGUUGAUUUUGAGGAGUUUGUCACUCUGCUGGGCCCCAAACUGUCUGCCGCGGGGAUGCCCGACAAGUUCAACGGAACGGAUUUCGACUCUGUGUUCUGGAAGUGCGACAUGCAGAAGCUGACGGUCGACGAGCUGAAACGGCUGCUGUACGACACGUUCUGCGAUCAUCUGACCAUGAAGGACAUCGAGAACAUCAUCAUGACCGAGGAGAGCCACAUGGAGAGCUCGGAGUGCCAAGUGGACAUCGACACGAGCCCGAUGCAGCAGGUGAAACACACCUGCGUGAGGAAGAGCCUGAUAUGUGCCUUCGCCAUCGCGUUCAUUAUCAGCGUCAUGCUCAUUGCGGCCAAUCAGAUGCUGCGUAGGGGCAUGAAGUAGACGCGUCUCCUUCAGACGGCUCCAUGAACCUCUUCCUCCUCCUCCCUCCACCAGCUCUCUCCCAAACUAUGUGUGCUCUCGGCCUCCCUCACCUGCAGACCCGAGGAGAAACACGCACGCGUACGUGAGCGGAACACUGGAACACACCUGCAAGGUCUGAUAAUGCAGCUAUCACCUCCACCGUAGGCUAGUGAAGAGCAACACCUCAAAGAGGUGCGGACCGGACCCGAUCAAACUAAGACGUAUGGAAAGGAAACAGUGCUGCACAAUAUAGCAAUGGUGCAGUCUGGUAGUGCAGGGCAUUGUCUCAGUAUGACAGUGGCCCUGCUGAGCAGAUAGUAGCAGAUAGGUAUAGUUCAUUCUAAUGUCACACUGACGGACAUCAGGAACCAUGGUGGUUCAGGGGAAACAGGUGAUACCAGUAGAAACUGUGUUUGUCCUCCAUCUCCGCCGUCUCUUCUCUCUACCGUCUCUCCAUCUCUCCUCUGUCUUUCCCUCCUGGUCUCUCCUUUGUCCAUCAUUUGUUCAUUCAUUGUUGUUUUCGUGGUAAUGCAAUAUGACAGUUGCCAAAAUACUGAUCAAACUGAAUAGGAAGCUGAUACUGCUGUCAAUACAAUAAUUAUAACACAAAAUGUGAAAAUACGUAAUAUUUCAUGAUACAUUUUACAUUGAUGCACUGUACUAUAAUUACCAUGCUAAUAAUAAUAAUAAUAAUAAUAAUAAUAAUAAUAAUAAUAGCAAUUAAUAUGCUAUUAAGGGGGCCAAGUACUCAAAUACCCAACUGUUAGUGUUGUCACUUAAUUUAUUGCUGUGAAACCCACAUUUGUGUAUAAUACGUAUUGUAAUCCUAUUAUAGAUAUAUUCAUUUUCAAGCUGAACACUGAGAGAUGAAUUAAUUACUGAACUUCUACGAAUGCAUCCAUAUGCAUAUGUGCAAACACUGGCCAUGUAUAAAUACAGGAUGCUGUUUUUUGUGUUUUCUUAUGCUCAUAUUGUGGCUAUUUGGUCUAACUGCACUGUUUAUGAAACAUAUUUCUGCCGACAUGACCCAUGUACAAAUACAGUAUUUGUUAUUUAUAAUGUUUAACAAUCCCCAACCGUUUCUAACACAAGCAAACACAAAGUUUGAAAUGUUUAUUUUCCGUGUCUGAAAACAAUUGCAAUACAGUUAAGAAAAAAUGUUAUCACAGUUCUAAUGAUUACGGUAUCAGUCACAAUAAUUAGUAUCAAGAUACGGUAAUUGUGUAUUAAUAAUACUGAAAUUAGUGUUGCUCUUAUGUUUUUAAAAGAAAGGGGCAGCAUUAUUAUUUUUGAAAUCAUUUUUGUUAGCUGUAGUCAUAAGGAACUCAUUUCAUCUGCAUUGUGAUUGCAAAUUAUAUAUUUUUUGCACCACAAGUCAGACUGUCAACUGGGAUAAAUUUAGUAAUAUUAAAAAUGUAAUAUCUUUAAACUAAUCUGGGGUUAUGCAAAACUCGUUGCACUUGUUGAGUGGAGUUGAUUGUUACAUGACUUUGAUUCUGAAAUGUUAAGUGCAUUUUUGUGUUAGGGAUUAAAAUAUAACUAAUUCAUGUAGUGCUUUGAAACUGCAGAAGGGGAUAUAUGAUAUGGGAGGAAAUAGGAGAAUACAUUUUCAUAAAGAAUGCAUAAAGAUUGAGCGUUUUUCAUAAAGAAUGCGUUUAUAUCAAACAGCCACAAGGUGGAAGUCUAUGGCCAAAAACGUACAUAUCAUUCAAAAAUUCCUUCUUUCUGUGAUCAAAUUGAAAGUGACAUAUCUAUGAUUACAAUAUGCACUUAAGGAAUGAAGACUAAAAUAAUUCAGAAUUUAAAGAAUUCAUAUGUCAAAGGUUAAUUUGAAAUGAUUUUUAGGUGAAUUAAUUGUACAUUCGUGAUGCAAUUAAUUUAAAGCAUUGUCAUAACCAAUAAGGUAUAUCAAUUCUAGCAUUAAUCUAUAGCACCUUCAUAUGUCAAAUUAGGAACUACUGGUCUGAUCUUGACCAACCAAUAUAAUUGGGAAUUAUGUAAUGCAAACCAAAACUU